ACGUGCCAUUGCCGCCGCCGCCGCCGCCAUGUCGCCGCUCGCCCGCUCGCUGCUCGCGCUCGCCGCGCUGCUCGCCGCCGCCGACGCUAUGACGAACCCUUUUUGCGACAGCCUGAGCAGAAGGGAACAAACAGAUGAUUAUGAAACUUUUGUGAUAACUGGCACUGGUGAUUCGGUCACUGAAAUUCCUGAUAAAUGUACCAGACCAGGAAGGAAGUUAGUCGGCGAUUAUCUCAGCGUGUGUAACGCCUACCACAGACCUAAACUGGCGACACCUAUGGGCAUAGCCAAUCCUUUAGGGGCUGUGUACAUCACCUGCCCUAAGACUGUCGAUGGCUGCUCGCGGCUCCAACUGCAUGUGACGCAGUACUGCAAGAUGGUGACGGGGCCAACGCCUCUGCUCUUGGGUUAACGUUGUGGCGAUCAUGUUGCUUAGCCGAGUGAAGAUCGUUCAUGGAAAACGCGAAUUGAAACUUAAGUAUUGUUACUUGACUUUCGUUCUCAAUGUAUAAUUAAAAUCAAUUAAAGCAUUCAA